AUGAUCAUGGACAGUCGUCUUAGUCUAAUACAAAAUACUGCAUCGCGCCGACCCAGGAAAGGCGACGUUUGCAUCGGAAAUGAAACACCAAAGCUUCCCCUGGGAGCUCGGAAUGGCCAUGCGAGCUGGCCGAUAGAGAAGAAGUAUCAUAAACGCAGAAAGUCUCGAUCUCUCCUGCGUCGAUCAUGGACUUUGCCGCUGAUGCUCACAUUAGCGACCCUCUUUCUCUACGCUCUCAAUCCGACGAACUCUAACGCUAUCCAUCACUUUCUCUUUCUAUCUUACAAGGUAGACGAUCUUAACGGCCCUGUACAGUACGGUAAAGGUCCGCGGGACCUCGCAUUCGUGGGCUUCUAUACCAUACUCCUGUCCUUCGCCCGCGAAUUCGUCAUGCACGAGGUGUUACGUCCACUGGCUCGAAGUUUUGGAAUCAAAUCACGGGCGAAACAGUUGCGAUUCAUGGAACAGAUGUAUAUAGUCUUCUAUAUCGCGUUCAUGGGACCGUUUGGCAUGUACUGCAUGAAGCAGACUCCAGUGUGGUACUUCAACACGAGGGGCAUGUACGAAGGCUUCCCGCAUAAAACUCAUAACGCGAAUAUUAAGUUUUAUUACUUAUUCCAAGCCGCUUUCUGGGUGCAACAGUCGAUAGUCAUGCUACUAGGCUUCGAACAGAGACGCAAGGACUUUAAGGAGCUCGUCGGUCAUCAUAUUGUAACCAUAGCCCUUAUCGGCCUAAGCUACAGGUUUCACUUCACGUAUAUGGGCAUUGCUGUCUACGUCACACACGAUAUUAGCGACUUCUUUUUAGCUGCCCUGAACCUCUUCUGGCUCUACUGCCUUCUACGUAACGCUUACAGGUUCAUCUUCUUGGGAAUUGCGAAGGAUGAUCGGUCGGAGGAUGAAGCGCCGGAAACUGAUAACGUGGAACGCGAGAAGGAUAACGUAGUUGAUACUUUGGUGAGCCAGGGGAAACUUCCUUCCCUAAACAACAGCUCGAUAUCUACGUAG